AUGGCCGUGACCCUCAAAGCUUACCCUCUAGUUCAGGGAGGUUAUGAAUUUCACAAAGCAGAAUUGCUGCUAUACGUCGUCGCUAAGUUAACUCCCGUCCCCCCUCCCCACUUUCCAUCGCCACCCCACUACCAGAUGUAUCAGGAAGGGGGGCCCGAGACCCCCGGGGGCGCAGGUGGGUGUGGGGGCGGCGUGCCGGGCGCGGGGGUGGCGGUGCGUGCGCCAAGCCGAGCGCCGGCGGGAGGCGUGCGGCCGCGCGGGGUUCCGUGCGCCGAGUGUCUACGUCCGUGUGCGCGCCCCUGCGGCGCGGUGGAGCGCUGGCCGGGCCGCUCCUGGCCGGGUCUUGCGGCGCCAGAGCCCGCCACCCGCCCGCCCGGGGGCACGGGAAGCCGGGGGCCGAGGAGAGCUGUUCCGGCGAGGCCGGCCGCGACGCGCGCACACGCACACGCCGCCGCGGGGCUCGGCCGGCUCGGCGGCCGCGCGGGGGGCGGGCCGAGGGCGGGCCGGGCGGGGGCCGAGGGCGCGCCGCUGUCCGGCGCUGGGCGGCUGCCUGCAGCCGCCGCGGGGGACCGCACGCAGCUCGCCACCUCGGGGUGGGCGGCGGCGGGGCGCCGGGGCGGCGGCACUGAGCGAGCUGGGACCCCGCACUCUCGCACGGACUUGGAGGGUGUAGGAAUAGAAGCUCUGAGAAUGGUGGACUCUGCAGAAAAGAGGAGUGUGAUUGUGUUUCUGGAACAGCCCAAGGCUGUAGAAGUAGAGUACAUCAUCCCUGGGACUUCCCUGGUGGUCCAGUGGUAAAGAAUCC